UACAAUUUGGUGGUUCGGUCCCGAAAAACAUGAGAAGGUAUUAUAUUUCCCCUAUUAUCCAUGGAUAUUUUUCAGCGGAUCGCUCCAGAACCAUCCGGAAAUAUUCCUCAGUCGUGACAACUGUGGACAACAGGGCAUCCCUGAAUGAAGCAGACGAAAUCCUUCUAGUUGCAUUAGUAGGGGCUUCGGCCUUGCCUAACAUAGGUCUGCCUACCAGUCUUGGCGAGCACGCUGUACUCCUUUCCUAAGUUCUGAAAUCAAGAGGGAAAGAAAUCAGUGCUAACAGUGAUCACAAGCUUGGACGUGUCGGCACGUCAUGUCUUCCUCUUUCAAAAAAAGGUUUCUCUCUCGUGCCUUACUUCAAGGGUUCUGGUUCUUCUGCUUCUCUCACUUCACUUCAGCCACUGAUGAAAAUGUCAAAUUUUCUGAGGAGUUUCUUAGGCGAGAGCAUUCUCUAAUGAAGCCCUUUCAAGGUUCAGGGAUGGUGCUAUCAAUACCCAAUUGGGAGAUCUUUGGCAAUAGCAUGGUGACAAAAAAGUUUGUUCGACUCACAAAUGAUGUCCCAGGCAGAAGAGGCAGCAUAUGGAAUCUUGUGCCAGUUGAGGAGCCAAAUUGGGAGAUGCAGUUGCACUUCAAAAUCCAUGGGAAGGGAAAAGUGUAUUAUGGUGAUGGGCUUGCCUUUUGGUAUGUACAAGACAAGAUGGUUGAUGGUCCUGUGUUUGGAUCAAAAGAUCAAUUCUAUGGACUAGGAGUCUUUAUUGACACAUAUAUGAAUGACCAAAAGCCAGUGCGGAGAGAGCAUCCAAUUAUCCAGGCAGUGGUGAACAACGGGACAUUGUCAUAUGAUCAUGAAAAAGAUGGAAAGGUACAAGAGUUAAAACGCUGCCCUGUGAAGGUUCAAAACCUUGAUCAUGAGACAUACCUGUCAGUCAGGUAUGAGGACGACACCCUUACUGUUGCUGUGGAUGUUGAAAACAAGCAAGAGUGGACGACAUGUUUCAGUGAGAACCAUGUGCGACUUCCAACAGGCCUCUACCUGGGACUCAGUGCAGCAACAGGAGAUUUGUCUGAUAAUCAUGACAUCUUUGAUCUCAAGUUCUAUGCACUUCCUUCUAAACCUUCACAGGUGAUGACUAACCUUCACAAUUCCACUGUUAUCUGCCCUGACCUGUUUCCAUUAGAUUUUCACACUUAUGUUUCAAAACAGGAGGACCGAGGGCAAAUUGUUCCAUCUAUCAUUGUCAGAUCUGACAGAACUACUGAUUCCUAUGAGGAGAGCUCAGGCUGGAGUGGAAGGUUAAAAAAAGCAAUGCUGUGGAUCUUUGGUAUCCUUGCUCUCCUGGGAGUGAUUGUGACAGUGCUCUAUUUCUAUGGAAAGGAGGAGCUGAACUCAAGAAAACGAUUCUAUUGAAUUCACAUGGAUACCUAGGUCUCACUGCAACAAUUGUGAUAUCAUCAGUCUCCUCUUUGAUCCUGCUUUCUCCUUCUGUUUCUUUUAUGGGAAGUUAUUGGAAUGAUCAACAGACAUGGAACCAUUGUCAAUUGUGCCAUUUCAUCAGUUUCACCAGGGCAUUCAGGGCACUAUUCAUUUUGAUUCAGAUUCUCACUUUUUUUCCAUGUCUCCCUCAGACGGUAUCUUGCCUGUUCCUUGCAGGGCAGAACUCCCAAGUCACCAUUGUUGUUCUGUCUUCCUGGAGUUCUCCUUGCUUAUGACGUAGCAUCUGUGAUGUGUACCACAUUGAGGUAUGGGAUUUCUACUUUUGCCUGGGACUUGGAGAAAUAUACCUUCUUCGUUGUGUCUCUGUCCUCAUGU